UUCAGCCUCAUAGACGUGUUAAUUGCGUCGCGGGCGGGCACACGUUGCGCAUAACGCUCAGCGGUGGUACUCUCUGAUCAGACGGGACGUCGUGGUCGAUUCAAACCUGCCGCUGGCUGCCGUAAAAGGCGGCUACCUUUGGACGUAGCUCCGAGACGCACAUUCAUUGGCCAUCACCUCCCUGUGACGGGGUUUCCGGCCCUGCUCUUUCGGCGUGCUGCAAGCUGCUCUGUUUUUGUGUGUCCUGCCUACGUUACCGUUAUGUUUUGCUAAUUAUCCACGCUCGCAACCUUUAAGCUACUCACCAUGGUGUGGAGGAACGCCUUGAAUAUCUUCUCUAUGAACAACCCCCCGUCUCCAUUGUUGAACCAGCAGCAGGGUUGCCUGGUGGCUGCAUUGGACACGUACCCAUUGGACAAGCGGUGCCACGAGCUGAGCCGCCUGUUCCACGAGCUGCCGUUUAAGGAACUGCAACAUUACCUGCCAACAGUCUUGGAGCAUGUGUUUGGCUUUGGUGCCAACGUGGGCUGGGGCCUGCAGAACAUCUCUCUUGGUCAGCCAGGAUUUGAGGCCCUUCGUCGCUUCCUCAGUCCCGAAGGCCCACUUCUGCUGCUGGUCUAUCGGCUCCUCUCAGAUGCGAGUGUCAAGUACGACUUCCCGGUGUCAUGCCUGCCUUCCGAUACCCAACGAACCCUGAGCACGGGUGGGGUGCCUCCUUUCUGCACUGGGAGGAUGCCGUCGUUUGGAGGUGGACCACAGGCACCCACUGCCUUGCAGAUCAAUGCGUUCGAGCUCUACAUGUUCCAUUUUGCCUACUACAUCGUCAACCCAUCACAGCCGGGGGCUCAGCAUCAGGUUCAACAGCCCGUGCUCUUGGACAUUGUGGGUGGGGAAGGCCAGAAGGCAUCAGGGACCAUCUUGGAGUGCCUGUACCUGGCCCUGCUUCAGGACUAUUUGCACUACUACCUGCCACAUGACCGGGAUGAUGCGCCGGAGCUGCCUGGCUACCAUCCGCACCACCAAAUGCCUUUCUUUGCCGGCAGCACGCCACCCAGUGUGCUGUACCGGGACCACCAGGACACCAUGCUCUGGCACGGAACGUCUCCUGGCGGACUCUGCCCCAACAGUGCUGGUGGUGUCCCACACCGCCACGCCAACAACGAGCCGUGCCUCAUCCGCAAGGACAUCCUGGCAAGCAUUUACUCGGGGUCUGGCAGCGGUAACGGCUGUUUCCCGUCCACUCCUCCGCGUUACUACGGCUCGACGAUGACGUCGACGCCUCCCGCUGGGUUUUCAACGUCUGCGAUGUCACCAGUGGCAGCAGUGGGUUGCGGCAGCCCUCACGCACGCAUCUCUGAGACCUUCUUGGAGGUCCUGCUCGAGUUCUGGCUGGGCCGGCAGCAGGUAGCUGCAGCCAUGUUCGGCAGGCCUCCAGCGGGUGCGACGAUGCUGUACGGGAGUCCAGGUGCCACGCCCACUUCCAUGUCAUUUCAUCACACCUUCAGAGUGACUGAGGAUUCCUGCGUGCCCAGCCAGUUCCACAUGCUAAUAGCGCGAGUGAUGGUGAAGCACCUGCACCAGUUCCGGUACAGUGUCUGGCGGAACACCAACAGCAGCGCUGUUUACCCAUGCAACAUCCAGACCUCGAUGGAUGACAUCAAGUUGAAAGUGCUGCCGCGGCUCUUCCGCAAGCGGCUCUACAUGUUCCUCAAGCAUGCCCUCUCCAGCUGGCCAUUGGACAGCUCCUUUCGCCUGCCCCUGGAGACGUGGCUGAGUUUCAUCCAACCCUGGAGGUACGCCUCCUCACACAACAAGCUUGGUGACCGGCAGAAGUUGCACGGCCAGGGCGUCGAAGCCCACUGGCAGCCAUUUGUGCAGGAGCACCUGCUCUUCUACACGGAGCUGCUAAGCGUGCUGUUGCAGCGCUUCUGCCGCAUGGAGCUGGCAAGCCGCCACAGCGCGUACAUGCUCUACCGGGUCACCAAGGUCUUUUUUCAGCCUAACCUCUUCGCGAUGAUCACUGAAGCGGAGGCAAGCCUGGGCAGUGCUAGUCGGCCAACUUCGCCGGCGAGCAGCGCUCUGCAGCGUCAAGCGGUGAGUGCCCCAGUGGCCACUUUGGUCCGGCAGCACAUGGCCGACAUCGAGGAAUCUGGCUUUACGUACCGGCCACUCAACGGCGACGAAAGACGCAAACAGGUAACCUGCCUGGUGCAGCUGGCAGGCCAGGCGUGCCGGUCUAUCGACAGGCAGCUCGAGCAGAAACUUGGCGCCACGGGUCACCAGGACAGCAACAGCGCUCAGCAGCACGACCACCUCGGCAGAGCCAGCAGCAGCACUAGCGGCAGUUCGUGGUGGGGCCUGCUGAAGCGAGGUGCCCGGCGGGUCCUCAGCUCGCUCCUUUCACCCGGGGCCCCCGAUGAGGUGGCCGAGUGGAAGCGGACACAAAACUACUUGCACGCUUCCAUUGACGAGCUCUGCCAUGCCUUCAAGCUGAACAAGGAUGCAGAGCUGUCUGCUUUGCCCCCAGAGUCUGGCCGUGAGGUGGUGAUGUUGUUUGCGUCGUCGCGCGACAUGACCGACUCCGUCAGGAGGCAGAAUGGCUUCCGGCAGAGUGGCUUCGAGCAUUGCCUCGACGACACCAAAGCGUACACCUACCAGGGCAACCCCGACAUGGAGCCCAUUCGUAGCUACGAGGUUGUCUUUCUGGUCCGAAUGCUGCACCUGCUGUCCACCGCCAUCAAUGACAAGUAUGGACACCAGCUGGAGUCACUGUACGACAGCCCUCGCUUUGUGGGCCACGUGGCGCGUCUGCUGCUGCAGCCACCCACUGUCUACAAGGAGGUGGUCAAGAGGGGCAUCGGUAUGCCGCACGACUACCGCCAACACAGGCUACCUGCCCGGCUCUGCCUGCGGACGCUUGCUCACAAGCAGUUCAUCGGCUACCUGUGCAUCCUGCUCUUCCUGGGCUACACUUGGGACUACAGCCCCUUCACGGUCUGCCUCAUUGUGCUGGAGUGCUUCAGCGUCGGCCUGCUGCUCCGAGCAACGUGGUCUUGGGGGGUGCAGCGUCUGCCGUGGCACCACCACCAGGCCAUGGACUGAGUUGCGCUAGUGGUUGGUUAUCACGCGAGUCUGUGACUACUAUGUCGAGUCGGUUGGUGUACCAUUGACCGCACGGCUUUUACACGUGCGUCACGGUGCCAUACUUUGUCAGCAGUGCCUAAAGACUGGAGAGCAGUGGAGAAGUUCAGUUUGUCAACGAAGAAUGCCCCGUGGAAGCGCAUAAGACCCACGCAGAACAGUUGACUGACCGUUUUUCUGGUUUCCAGUACAUUGAAAUGUUGCUACAAGUGGUGAUUACUGUACAUAAGAGUAAAUAGGGUAUUUGAACGACUUUCGAGUGGUCUUAAGUUUUCAAAUCGAACCGGGAGGCUCGGACUUGUUACUGACUUCACAAGCAGUUGUACAGACUACAGACAUUAACAGUUACUAUUGUGCUUGUCGUUGCUCUAUGUACAUCUAAUGACACAUUUGUAAGUGAAGCAUUUUAAGUUAUUAAGGCUGAGUACUUUGUGGGCUUGUGUUUGCCUUGAAUACAGAGAUGCAUUUAGCAAUAGCACCGCGUUGGAAGUGGUGCAGCAAAAAAAAUAUGAGAAAGGGCGUUGACACAAGUCUGACUCUAUUUUGUUGACAUGGCUGUUGCAAGUGCCACUUCAUCUAAUCUGACCAAGUGGCAAUGGGCAAACAUGGCCUAUGCAUGCUGUUGCAUGGGAAGUGCUUUUUGAUAUUGGCGUAAGCGCACAAUGAAUAAAAGAUCUUUGUUAUCACUUUCGUAAA